GGGUGCAAUGCGUGUUAUUCAUUUAUAUCUAAUAGUGCUGAGUGCUCUGCUGCCCCUGCUGGUAGCGGGCGCUGUUCCAGCAGCGGAAAUGAAGCAACUGUUGUUGGCGGAUGUAAAUCAGGCAACGGAUCAGCAGGAGAUGCCGGCUUUGCGCUUGGCCAGGCAGUUAGGCAACAUCGCCCGUUUCGGCGGAGGCGGAUUUGGUGGAGGCGGACGACGAUUUAGAGGCGGCAGAUUACCUUUCGGAGGCGGCAGGCGUCGUUUUGUUGGCGUUCAGCGGCGAAUUGGCAAUCCUGGCUUCUACCCGCAACCAUUUGGCUUCUUUGGCUGA